AUGAAAGCUGUUAUUAGAGUAAUUAAAUACUUAAAUGGAACAAUCAAUUAUGGAAUAUGCUAUACAGGUGAAACUUCAUUAAAUGUUUACUCGGAUAGUGAUUGGGCAUCAACUCCUUCUGAUAGAAAAUCUAUUACUGGUUAUAUUGUUACUUAUUCAGGAGGACCUAUUUCGUGGAAGUCUAAGAAGCAACAAGUUGUUGCUCUUAGUACAACCGAGGCCGAAUGUAUGGCAUUAACUGAAUCAAUAAAAGAAUCCCUCUGGUUGUUACAAAUAUUUCAAGAUAUUAAUGUUAUUGUAAAAUUGCCUAUCACUAUACACGAGGAUAACUUACUGUGUCAGAAAUUACUCGAAAAUCCUAUUUUUCACAAUAGGACUAAGCACAUUGAUUUGAAAUAUAAAUUCACGAAAGAAAAUAUCGAAUCUGGUAAUGUCAAUGUGGAAACAAUAAAUUCUGAAGACAAUUUAGCCGAUAUAUUAACGAAACCUUUACCAAAAGCUAAAUUUAAACAUCUAAGAUGGUUAUCUGGAUUGAGACCGUUAGAUUAG